GAGCUGCUGAAGUGGAGCAAGGAGGAGCUGAUCCGCAGCCUCCGCCGCGCCGAGGCCGAGAAGAUGAGCGCGAUGCUGGACCACAGCAACCUCAUCCGCGAGGUGAACCGCCGCCUCCAGCUCCACCUGGGCGAGAUCCGCGGCCUGAAGGAUAUCAACCAGAAGCUGCAAGAAGAUAACCAAGAACUGAGAGACCUUUGCUGCUUUCUGGAUGAUGACAGGCAGAAAGGCAAGAAGGUGUCCCGUGAAUGGCAGAGACUGGGCAGAUACAGUGCUAGUGUUAUGCACAAAGAGGUUGCCUUAUACUUACAGAAGCUGAAAGAAUUGGAAGUGAGACAAGAAGAAGUGGUUAAGGAAAACUUGGAGCUGAAAGAAUUGUGUGUGUUGCUGGAUGAGGAGAAGAGUGGUGGAGCAGGCAGCCGGAGCUCUAUCGACAGCCAAAUCAGCCUGUGCCAAUUAACCGCGACGAGUGCUUACGUAAGAGAUGUUGGUGAUGGGAGUAGUACUUCUAGCACGGGAAGUACAGACAGUCCAGACCAUCAUAAACAUCAUCCAAGUACUAGUCCAGAACAUCUUCAAAAAACUCGGGGUGAAGGAAGCCCUGAACAUCAGAAACACAGGAGUAUCAGCCCGGAGCACCUCCAGAAGCCUAGGAGUUCUGGCAGUCCUGAUCAUCACCUGAAAGGACCAAGCCCGGAACAUCACAAAACCAUUGUCAAAGCACCUGAACAACAAAAGCACAGCAGCAGCAGCCCAGAAACUCUCCCAAAGCAUGUUUUGAGUAGUAGCCCUGAACACUUUCAAAAGCAGAGGCCUGGUAGUAGCCCUGAGCAUCAGAAGCACAGCAGUGGCAGCCCAGAUCAUCUUCAAAAACAUACUCCAAGUGGAAGUACAGAACAUCUCCACAAAGUGAGGGGUACGAGUCCUGAGCAUCUCAAACAACACUAUGGAGGGAGCCCAGAGCAUCUCAAACAUCUCAGCGGAGGCAGCAGAGAAGGUACCCUCAGGAGACAAGUAACAGAUGACCUGUCACCUCACCACAGAAGUAUAUACAAUGGAAUGAAUGGUGGGUCAAUACAUUUGGUGAAAACUCACUUUGAAAAUUACUAA